AGCGCAACUUUGCCCCACUGUUCCACUCUCUUUGGGGGCUUCACGACGCCAAGAUUCGUACUUGAGCGGGCACUCUAGCUCCAUACACCUGUGUAUUAGCUUCACUUUAUCCAAUACAAAAGUUUUCUAAGGAGAGGAGCGAGGUAUAACACAAAAAUAAUAGUUGUGGUGUUUUCCAACAUCCCAAGUACGGUAUCUAUCGUAAGUGAGUGGUGUGCUCUUUAGUUGCUCCUGGGACGAUGUUAAACUACGUUGCAAUUGUGCAUUUUGUCGGCAUUUGAUUCACCAUUUAGUGCUUGUGUGGCCCCCCAGAGGCAUUCAAUGUACUCACAGUGGAGUUUAUUGUUGGCGGAGAAAUUGUGUGUGACAAUUUCCACAUGGAGCGAGAAUUCAUUAUUAAAUUCCAGAGCCCCAUAUUAGUUUCAUACUAAAUUAAAAUUGUGUGUUCGAAUGCAUUUAUAUAUGCAAAGUAAUUUCACCUAACAUAUUAACUAAAAAGUUUUCCACUUAAUUCACAAAACAUCUUGUGCAUUUUCCCAAAACCCUCCCACACACCGUCGUGUAUCCUUGUGUGAAAAGUACGUCGGGGUGUGGAAACAAUUAGACAAUUUUCCAUGAAUAUCCUAUUAGAAGGAUUGUGCUUAAAUUCAGUGGAAGGUGUGUGCAGCACACUAGUGAAGUUACGCAAAUAGUUUUCUAUACUACCUACGUGUAGCAUAAGUCAUAGAGAAAAUUGGUUCAAUUAACCCCUUGUCGUAUACUCUCCCCACAUUGUGCCCACUUAUCCACAGUUUAUUGUCCCGCCUCACAAAAAACUCCAUGCUGGUGCAUCGCGCCAAAAACAAAUCCAUAAAUUCUUUAUAAAUGUGAGAAAAAUUCACUCUGGAAUAAGACCUUUACUAAAAAAAAAAGAAUCACAAAAAGAUAAAAAGAUUGUUUACGGGCCCAGCAUUGUGGGAGUUGUAUUUGUGUUUUACUUUCAAAUGGCAAAAACGACCUAAAGAGAGUUACAUAAUAGUCGUUCAUUUUCUCUCGCAGCAGACACAGUGUAUAAGAUAUACAACGAUAAAUUGCGUGUACUUGUAUAUUGCAUCGUCUUUUGCUUCUCAUACCACCCGCAUCUUCCUUUUGGUACCAAAACCAAACCAAAACUCCGUGUGCCACAGACAAUUCUUUACAAGUGAGCACCCAUUCUUCCAACGCCAAAUUGAAUGGUAUAAAUGUGGAGCUCUCCCCCUCGAGAGUAUUGUUUCGAGUCAAUCAUCUGUGAGGGAAUUCAAUAAAUUCCAACAUCUCUGCAACCGAGGACACGAGAACGACAUGAUGGUGAAAAUAUUCCAUUGAUGGGAAUCUCGGGUGAACACUUGGAGGAAUUUUCCUCAUCCCCUCCGGAGACAAUUGUGUGUUAAUGAUGUUUGCGAGGACAAGAGAACCAUUGUGAAAGCAAUUCCUGAACUUGUCCACAAAACACCACACGGGAAAAAUAUUCAGUGAAUUUUUAUGAUUAAAAUCCGUGCAUGUGAAAAAAUAGCAGAGACAAAAACGUGGAUUUCCCAUAAACGAAAAAAAUAUAUAUACAAGUAAUAGGGGUAUUCACUGUGAGAUUUUGUAGUGGAGUUGUAAAAUUAUUUGUCUUACAUUUUUCGACUUGUACUAAAAACUAACCAAGACACCAAACAAAAUGGGUUUUUAUUGUUUUCACUUAUUAAUUUCAAUUUAUUGAUAUUAUUUUUUUACUGUAUAAUUUUUAGUGUCAAUUUUGAGUCAUGUUUAGUACAGAAUUUAUUUUAGUACAAUCAGUAAAAAGUUUACUAUUUCAACUAAAAAGAUAUUUUCAAAAAUAUUUCAAAAAAAAUUAAAAGAACUAAGAAAAUAUUUUUUUCAUUUUAAGUCUUGUACUAAAUUUCAUUUAUUUUAGUACAUUUAGUCAUAAAAAUCUUUUUUUUUUAAACCAGAGGAAAGUAAUUUACCCACUUUACCUAAUUAUUUAAAUUCUGAAUGAGCCCUUGUUAAUUGAUUUUAGUUUACAAUCAAACCACAUAUAUUAGUACAAGAAACAUUAAAUAAAACAAUGAAAUAAAAUAAUUAAAAUAAUAAAACAAUUAAAUUUAAACAAUUAAAUAUACGUCUAUGCAAAAUGUUUAAAGAAAAAAAUUAAUAAAUUAGUUCCAAAAUUACUAAAAAAAAUUUAAAGUUUGGUAUGUGUCUUGUCUAAUGUACUAAAAAAAAUCUCAAAACUACAAAGUAGCACAGUGAAUACUACUAUUGGCCCGUGUUAUUUGCACUAAAAUUUAUUGGCGCAUUUGAACACAAAGACUCACCGAAUAUAUCCACAUACGCAGGUGUGGUAAUGCAAAACAAUUAAAAUUACUGCAGAAGUGUUAUUUAAUACCCUUCCUCAAUGCGAUAAAAAAGAGACUAUUUGCGCACUUUACAUAAUCACCAAGCGAAUAUUGAGUGUAUACAUAAACAAUCUGGUGGAUGUGUAUGAGUUUAAUUGUUAUGUGAAUUGAAUUAUUUAUUCGUCAAUUCGCAAUAUAAUCCAUUUAUCUGGUAAAGCGAGGAACGUAUGGGAUGAAGAGGGUCGUCGCGCGUAUAUAAUUCUCAAUAUUUAACCACACAAUCAACCUUGACUCGUCUCUCUGCGGAAACCAUGAGAACUAUUGAUUGUGAUGCGUGAUUUCUGAAAGCGAACUAUUAUUUCCUCACACCCCGCCGCAUAAGUUUCAAUAAAGCACCAAAAGUGAGCUUUCUGACAGACAUUGUGUACAAAAGCGCGGUGUGUGCAAAUUGAAAUAUCUCACCGAUCUCUCAUAAUUAUGUGGAUAGAGUCUUCCUCAUGAGACGGGAAGCUGGUGUGAAAGUCGAAUGGUUGUGAUUCUACUUGUCGCACCUGUAGCCACAAGCAAUUGUAGUCGCGAUAAGACACCUGAUCGUAACAAUAACACCAACUGCAGUUUCUAUCUGCCACGGCCGGCAUAUAAAACACCACAGGAGCACUACUAUGUGCGGCAUAUAACGAAAAUUAACAUUUCCGAUGUAAAUUCCCAGGUGGAACACGAUCCAGAGGGUGCAGCACAUCAGGGAGCCGAGAAGAAUGAGGAAUGGAUCAAGAAGAAAAAGACGGAGUUGACGACAACGCGACAAAUUGAGACACGUGUUAAGCGCCAAGUAAUACUCGAAGAUGGCAAAGUUGUGGAUGACUCGGGCCCCAUGGUGUCCACCAACACCACGGAGGAUACGGAGAAGCAGGAAUCGCACACGACGGAACGACGGGAUUUGGGUGAGGAUGAGCCCACGGGGGCCCUGGAGGCGAUUGACAUGGCCAAAGGGGUCACCCUGCUUGGGCAUACAGCCGCCCCACUCAAUGGUGUUGUGCGGGAGGUAAAGGAGAAGAAAAUUGUGUCACGCGAAGAGAGGGAAGAACUCCUCGAGACGGAAGAUGUUAAACAUCUCGGCGACUUUUCCGAUGAGGUCUACGUCAAGGCUGCAAAUAGUGGUGUCGACAACAUCAAAGACGUGCUCUAUUCACCAGAAUCGCGGCAGCAAUUGGUGCCGAUUGGGUGUCGCGUUGUCCAUCAGUCGGCAAAGAGUCACAAAGUUGUUGAUACAGAAGACACGGACCUUCAGCAGAGAGCCCAAAGGGAUGGGACGCUAGUCACGGAAAAGAAGCGCACAACAGAACACGAGGAGAUCUUCGACGAGGACGUUCCGGCGGAAGAAGACGACGAUCGAAAUUCGACAGGAAGUCACGAAAAAGUAACGACUAAGGAGUCCUCCCAACGUGUGUACAAGUCACGCGAUGAGCAAGCCAUCGAGGACGUAGUGGAUGGAAAAGUAGUGGCCAGGGAAAUGAAGUACGUCGCUGAGACGCAAGAUAUUGAGCGGGAUGGUCCACAGGAGGAUCCCGCAGACUGGGAUAGCCUCUCUGAUCGUAUCCGUAAGGCCAGGAGACGCGGGAAGACUCUCCUGCAGCAGCAUAGAGAAGCAAUCCUCGAUGGGGAACGAAAGGAUGCCCUAACAAAGAGACCGUUGGAUUUUGACCAAGAAGAGGAGACACGGAAGCAGGAGACGAAUAAAUGGCUAGAAAGUCACUUUGGGAGUGAUUCAUCGCGCGAUUCGAGAAAUGGUGAUGUGGACAUUGAGAAUGUUCAGGUGGAACCAACAAAGAAGACAUUCUUCAAUGUUACAAUUAAGAGUACCCCCAAUGCAAAUCCCCCGCGUGCAUCACCCCAAUCCCCGGUUCAGAAUAACUUCCAUCAUCCCCCGAGUCAGAAGAUGAAAGCUCCAAGUCCACCGGAAAAUCGAAAAUACUUCCAGGGAAUUUCCAAUUGGGCCGAGAGGAAGGAUACAACUCCAACGCGAGUUUUCUCCGGGAAUGCCUUCCGGGAGGAGCUGAAGGGUACCGUGGAACGCAAUAGAAGACUCAGGCAGCCCAUUAAUGGUUCCGUGGAGCGCAUUAAUGGUGACAACACGUAUUCGCAUGCAAAGAAGAUCAGCACAUACCGCAGUGGGGAGCAAGAUGAUGAUAUUGUGUAUGUGGUAGCACCGAAGAAUACCUACCACUACCGCAGGCAAUCUCCAGAUCGUCCCGUGGAGUAUGUUUAUCGCGAAAAUGGGGGGUAUCAUCGAGAAAUUCGGCCAAUGCCGAAUGGUGUGACGUAUUUUCAGGAAGAGGAGACCCCAGAGCGACCUGAGGAGCCACAUCCGGUGGCACCGCAGCGCAAACGUGCCCUCGAGCGCAAAAUGAAGAUGAUGUACCAAUCCAAUGAUAUUGUUGAAGAUGAAAAGCCACAAAAUCGAUCCGCAUCGCCAGUUAGUAGCACAAUUAGGGGGCGCUAUGGGAAACCUUCACCACCUCCGCGGGCAACGUCACCAGCACACAAGAACAAGGUGAGCACGGCCAUUGGGAAUUCACUGAGAAAACUCGUGGGGAAGAUUGCGGAGCGGAAGGCGAAACUCAAGACGAAGCGCUCCAUGUCGCCGCCACAGCAACCUCCACAGCAGCAGCGUGGCGGCCACACGAAUGGCGAGUACCAGCAAUACGAUGAGUACAUCGACAGCCACAUCGAACAGGCGCCGCAUGUUGUCCACAGAAGUGCCGUGGUGGGCGACAUCAGACGCGAUCGUGUGCUCGAGAGACGCAGUUCAGGUGAUAUUGCGGAUCAACCCACAAUGGUGAGUCCCAAGCAGCGCUUCUACCUCGGCGAAGAUCCCUACGGGAGCAGCAUCUACGGGCGCGAGAAUAAAUACGAUGGUGCCCAGAGACCCGUCCAGAGGCGAUCGAGCUACAAAGUUUAUCCCGAUGAGGAGAUCUAUCGCAAUGGCAGAAUUUAUUCACCUUAUCAAACAAAUACAUCGACUUUGGGCAGAUUCAGUGCCUCAACGAAUCAACUACGUACCCCAACAUACGCAACAUCCUCAUCUCAGACCCUUCCACGGAAGCUCGAGCAUCGUCCAGCACACUCGUCAACAAUUAACGUGUCCAUCGUCAACACAGUCGCCCCGUCACAGAAUACAGGACCCGCUAAACCAGCACGCUCCUACAAGGCUCUCAAUCGCAGCAAAAGUCUCAAUGUUCAUGCAAUUGGCGAAACCAAUGGGACACCCUCCUUCAAGUCCAAUCCCCAUUUGAAUCUCAAGAGCCCCUCAAUUGUCAGCAUGAUCAGUCGUAGUCAGAGAGAUUUGCGUCCCGUGGGAACACCCACGAGGGAGGUGGAUACACAGAAAUCCAUCUUCCUCCGAGGAUUGCAGGAGCAAGCGCCAGAACUCUAUCGCACCCUUCACGGGGAGGAUGAGAUGUCGCCCGUGCGAUCAAACUACACACGCUUCUCCGUGGAGAGAGCCCCACGGAAUGGGGAUUUGCGCACAAGAUCCCCAGUGACGAUCAACAAGGACACAGCAAGUAUCAUUCGUAGAGGUAGCUCAAGCACAGACGACUAUUCGGAGACGUACAACUACACAACGCGCAAUGGGGAUCCCCGAAGACCCAGCAUCACCAACACAACGCAGAAUUUCAGCAAAAAGACAAUCCCCGGGAAGGGAGUGGUUGAGUCCAGCAAAACCAAGUCUGUCACAACGAGUCGAUACAUUCCGGAUCUCCACAAUAGCCAUCUUCUCAAUAAGCGUGUGAUUGAAGUACGAGGGAGCUCCCCACGGCAUUGAGUGACUAACAUUGGGUAGAAUGGGUCCAAUAGAAGCAAUUUUGUGUCUCUAAAUUGCAUACUGGAAGAUUUGAAGACUCCUAACAAGUUCUCUGAAACUUUUAAUUUCAAAUUAUAACGGAAAAAGUUAAAUCCGUCCGCCAUUUUGGACGCCAUUGUUUGGCAUUUGGUAAAAGAAAAA